UCAAUCAGCAUCAUCAAGAUUAGUCACGGUUUCUUCUGAAGAGGAGGAACAAAAAAGUAUGUUUCAGUAUCCACUGGACUCUAAAGGUUAUCAGAUUCUUGAUGAAAUUGGUCGAGGAGCCAGUGCAAUUGUCUACAAGGCCAUCUGUCUUCCCAUGAACUCUUCAACUGUGGCUAUCAAAUCCAUUGAUCUUGAUCAAGCUAAAGCAGAUUUUGACAAUGUCAGGCGUGAAGCCAAAAUCAUGUCACUUCUUUACCAUCCUAAUAUCCUUAAAGCCCAUUGCUUUUUCACCGUUGAUCGUCGUCUUUGGGUGGUGAUGCCAUUCAUGUCUGGCGGUUCUCUUCAGUCCAUCAUCACCUCUAAUUUCCCUGAUGGAUUACCUGAGCCAUGCAUUGCUGCGGUUCUUAAAGAAACCCUUUCUGCUUUAUCAUAUCUUCAUGAUCAGGGCCAUCUCCACAGAGAUGUCAAGGCUGGCAAUAUUUUGAUGGACUCAAAUGGUUCGGUGAAGCUUGCUGAUUUUGGUGUAUCCGCUUCGAUUUAUGAAUCAAGCUCAUCUUAUGGACCGUUACAAGGUUCUCCUUCAUCAAAUUUGAUGCUGACCGAUGUUGCUGGAACCCCUUAUUGGAUGGCACCAGAAGUAAUUCACUCACAUACGGGUUAUAGUUUUAAGGCCGAUAUAUGGUCUUUUGGGAUUACUGCAUUGGAAUUAGCCCAUGGAAGGCCUCCUCUGUCCAAUCUUCCUCCUUCGAAAUCUUUGCUGAUGAAGAUUACCAAGCAAUUCCGGUUCUCUGAUUAUGCUAAGUUUCAUGAAAGUAAAAACAAGUUUUCAAAGUCUUUCAAGGACAUGGUGGGACUAUGUCUCGAUCAAGAUCCAUCAAGAAGGCCUUCUGCUGAUAAAUUGUUGAAGCAUUCAUUUUUCAGGUACUGCAAAGGUCCCGAAUUUUUGGUCAAGAAUGUUCUUCAUGGUCUGCCCACCGUGGAACAAAGGUUUCGGCAGUCGAAAAUUCAGAGACUUCUGUCCUUGAAUAAAACUGAGGAGGAAGAUGAGGAAGAUUCAUUGAGGGAAAAUAUCAAGCAAAGAAGAAUCAGUGGUUGGAACUUUAAUGUCGAGGAUUUUGAAUUGAACCCUGUUUUUCCAAAUGAGAAGAAAGAAGAAGACAGCAUUGUAAAACAAGUCCGAUUUGGUGGUGAAACUAUUAUACAAGAGAGGGAGGGACGGACGGAUGGAUCAAUUUCAAGUAAUUCUCCAGGGCAGACUGUGAGUGUGGCUGGAACUCAGAUUUUGUCUGAUCAACGCAGUGAUCAGGGUAGUGUGGAUGGCGAAAUGAUGUUGAGUAGCCUCUUGUUCCUGAAGAAGAGUUUGGAGGAUCAAAGGAAUGAGGUGAUGACCAUGAUUGGCUUGAUACAGGGGAAAAAGUUCACAGAAAUGAGCAGGGAAGAGCAACUGAUGCAAGUGAUUGAGAGAAUGAAGGUGGAAUUGGAGAAUGAGAAGAAGAAGAAUGCUGCACUGGAAUUAGAAUUGGAGUUUCUGAAGUUGCAAUACAGCAGUGGACAGUAAUAUGAUUAAGCUGUAUUUAGUUCUACAUGGGGAUUUGAAUCAAUUUCUAUGCAGUACAUGGUUUAUUCCACUCCAAAUCCUGCUGCCAUAGAGAACCAUAUAGAACCUUAGUUUCAUAUUAUAGGCGAUCUCCUUUUAAAACUCCUAUAUGAUGAUGUUACCGGUUAAAUUUUAUACAGCCAAUUUCAUAUUGGUUUGAUUGUUAGUACAAUUUAGUUCCAAAACGUCAGUGAUCAUUGUCGACCAAAAUUUGUCAAAUCACCUCAAGAAUCAAUGCAGAUUACAAGAUGUUUGGUCAUUUCA